AUGGCUUCAAGCUCAGUUUCCCCAAAUUCUGCCAUCAAUGAUAUCCAAAGUCCCACAUCGAACAAGGAGGUUGGGAGUAAAAUACAUCUACGAUUGAGGAAAUGGGAGCAAACCACUCUUUCCAAUGAAGAUUUGGAAUCAUUUUCAGCUUCGCACGAGGAGGUUCUUGGUAUCAUUACCCUAGAGGAUGUCAUGGAAGAACUUUUGCAGGAGGAAAUAUUCGAUGAAACUGAUGAGUACGUUGAUGUUCACAAUAGAAUUACAAUCAACAUGCAACCUUCGCGAAGAUCGCCACUAAGAGCAGCUACAGCAUCAUCCCAAUUCCACUGGAGAAGUCCGAUUUCUUCGACUCGGGGAAGUCCAACUUCUUCGAAGCCUCAUUCUCCGAUAUUCAGAUCACCGAACUCACAACGCGUCCAGUCGCCGCUGUCCAAUCCAGCUCUGUGUUCUUCCCCCGGAAAACCUAUCCCAAUUUCUCCAUCUCACCAUGAGGUAUCCAGAAAAUCGUACGAGAGGCUGAGGCAUGGUUCUUAGGUUUCAAUUCGAU